AUGCGUUCCACACUCGCCCUCCUCGUUGCUGCUCUCUCUCACGUCCUUGCAUCCCCACUCCCCCCCUCUGAGUCUGUAUCGAAGCGCACCCCGGUCGGCCAGGUCAUCAGCUACUGCACAACACCCGGCACAAUCGCCCUGACCUUCGACGACGGGCCAUCGCAGUAUACAGGCCAGCUGCUCGACCUGCUGGCGCAGUACGGCGCCCGCGCCACCUUCUUCGUGCUGGGCGAUGCAUCGCGCUCAAACCCAGACCUCCUCCAACGCAUGCUCCGCGAGGGCCACCAGGUCGGCUCGCACACAUACACCCACCCCUACCUCACAAGCCUGGGCUACGACGGCAUCGUCUCGGAAAUGUCCGAGCUGGACAACGUCGUCCGCCCCGCGCUCGGCAAAUCGCCAACGUACAUGCGCCCGCCGUAUCUCGACACCAACGAUGCCGUCCUGCAGGUGAUGCGCGACUACGACUACCGGGUUAUCUCGGCGAGUGUCGAUACGAAGGACUACGAGAACCAGGACCCCGAUGCGAUUAUCUCGACGAGUUUCGCCAACUUCGUCAACCAGCUGAAUGCCGGCGGGAGUAUUGUGCUCUCGCAUGAUAUCCAUUAUUGGACUGUGGUGAGUUUGGCGGAGCGCAUGCUUCAGGAGGUUGCGGAGAGGGGGCUGACUGCUACGACGGUGGGCGAGUGUCUUGGGGAGGCGUCGGGGGCGUGGUACCGGUGA